GUUUGGCGACUUUCUGGCCCUGGGGAAGCCAGAUUCGCUUAACGACCGCGUUACUAACUUAACGACGGCAGUAAUUCGCUUAAACCGCCCUGGCAAAGAAAAGUGGAGCAAAACUCACUUUAACCGAGGUCUCAGUGACUUACGUUGCGUUGGAUGGCUGGGAAGGUCCCCAGUCACCGGCCGGCGCCAGGUAAACCAAGCCCGGAGCGAAGCGCGUCGGCCGCAGCCGCUCCGCCUCCCGCGGGGAAGUUUCCCCGCCUCUCUGUCAACGCUGCCCGCCCUCCCGGCCGUAAAUCCGCGGAGCCGCGCCGGCUCCCCCCAAUCCGAGCUGCCAUGGCGAGCCGGGCGGCUGCGAGCCUUCUCUUCGUCCUGGCGCUUUCCGGGCGCGGCGGCGCUGCAGAAACUGAAGAAGUGGCAGUUGGCGAACUGGAUGGGGAAGUGACCUUGCGAUGCUGGAAUGCAUCUUCCCAGGUGCUGGUGGUGCAGUGGUUUCACGGUGAGCCCGGUGCAAUCCCCAUGCUCUUCUCCUCGGAUGGAAAACUGCCUUCGGAUAGCCGCUUGUCCCUGGUGGAAAACAGCUCCUUGCACAUUUCAGGAUUGCGUCGAGAGGACGAAGGUCACUACUUGUGCAGGGAGAUACUGGCUGAGACCAACCAUACACACAGGAUCCAGUUACUGAUGGCCGGUGGACCAGAGCUGAUGGAAGUCAAAAUUUCUCCCACCGGGACGUUGCCAAAUGGCACGCUUUAUGCCAAAAGGCAUGACAUCUUGAACUUCACCUGCAGUAGUGAUUCUUGGCCUGAUUCCGCCACUAAGUGGGAUUUUAACCCACUUGGUUCUGCCCAGGAGCCAUUCACCGAAGUCAACAGCUCACAGAGCUCUUUCGUGCUACACAACGUCAUGCCCAACUAUCAAGGGAACUACUCGUGUCUGGCCACAAACCUGUUGAGCCAACGCCAGAAGUCGGUCGUCCGCGAACUCCUGAUCUACUAUCUCCCACCGUCAUCGCCCAGGUGUCAAGCUGAGACCUCCGUGGAGAAUUCUCAGGAGGUUCAACUGUCGUGCAGCUGGCCCGGGGGCUACCCACCCCCUACGCUCCAGUGGAUCAACCUGGAGGGUCUAGCCAUGGAUUCCAACACCACCCACUUUGCAAAUGCUACAGUGGUGUCUCUGCAAGGGUCACGGCGGCUUUGGGGCAAGGAUUUUGUCUGCCGCGGAAACCAUAUUGCAAAUGAGAAGAAAAACCAGAACUGCACCUUGCGAUUGGAGCGGCCCUCCGUCAUGGCCAACCCAAUGAAGCGCUGCUUCGCGGGGAGAUCCAUAGAGAUGACCUGUGAACUGACAGCCGGCAACCCACCUGCGAGGAUCACCUGGUGGCGCAACUCCUCCAAGGUGGAGACAGAGAUCCGGUCAAGGGGCAGGGUUCUCAUCAGCCAAAAGGAGGGGGUCUCCAGCCUUGUCAUCCAGAACUGCUCGGCCAGCAGAGACCAAGGGUACUACAUCUGCAAGGCCGAGAACCCCCUGGGCCCGAGAGAGGUCUACGUUCACCUGAAGGUGACAGAUCCUCUGAACGUUGCUGGCAUUGUGGGUUCCGUUGUAGUCCUUUUAUUGCUCGGAGUUCUGGUCUUUUCUGGAAUCCUUCUCUAUGCGGGACCUCAGGUGUGCCUCAAAGCGAACGUGCUUCGGAAUCGAGAUGCAGGUGACAUCCUUGAACUUAUGGACUCAGAUGAAGAUGACCUGUACUUGGAGGCCACUAGUGAACCAACAUCACAUCAGAUGGAAGGGAUAGGAAACAGAGGUUCUACCAGAUCUACUGAAAGCUCAUUUCCAGAAACGUCCAUCUCCCUGGAGGAAGUCCGGACAGCCAAACCCACAGCAUAGAGAGGAUUAUCUCUUUUUUUGCUUUAUGUACUAAGAAGAGAAACAGACUUGCAGAGUGGAUGGAACUGGACCCAAAGGAUUCCUAGAAAAAUUAUGCCCAUCUGGGUCUGUCUCUUUGGCCUCUAUCCCUCCCUGUGCUGCUGCUUGGCUGAGCUGUGUGUUGAAACAACAUUUGUGACGUAGGCGAGGAUACAAAUGAGGUGGCUUUUUCGGAACUGGAGGAAGAAGCAUCCCUGGACAGGAAGCCUUGUGGCCCUGCAGAAGAGCUGGAGGAACAGGGAGAGAUGUCCCAGCUGGUCCUGGAUCCCACAUUCCCAGCUUAGAUCCUCUUUGGAUAUGACUCUUAACAGGAGUCAAAGCUUCUAGGGUCUCUUUCAGGGAAGGAAGCAUCACAGCAGCUCCUGUUGGGGAAAACAACAACAACUGGACAGUCUUGCUUAGGUGCAAAUUGCUUGAGGCAUCUAACAACUCUUUGUGUCCUCUAGGGCUUGAAUGCAGGAAGUUACUGACAAAAAUUAUGUCUCAUGUCACCCCAGACGAGAGGCAGAUAUUUGGGGGAGGGGGGCUUCAGGCAGGAGUCUAUCUCAGCUCUACCUGGGUACUGAACUUGGGGGACUUCUUCCCAUGAAGUGGAUUUGGCAUCACUAAACUGCAUGCCUUUGCUUGCUCGUUUCUGGGAUCUUCAGCCGUCUGAAUUGUAGGAGCAGCUGCAGCUGUUACCUGCCCAGGUAUAUGGUCCCAAUUCAUCCCCUCUAAAUAUUUUAAAGGAUUCUCAAGCCAGCCUGUCCUUCGCAGAGAAGCUGGAGAAUUGAAGCCUGCCCACUUGAAAUACAGCUGGCUCUCAACUUACGACCGCAACCGAGCCCAAAAUAUCUGCCGCUAAGUGAGCUUUGCCCCAAAUUUCGACCUUUCUUGCCACAUUAGCGGGAUCACUGCAGUUGUUAAGAUAGCAACCCGGUUGUUAAGUAGCUUCCGCACCGACUUUGCUCGGUGGCAAAAGCGGGUCGUGUGACCUCAAGACACUCGAACCGUCGUAAGUCCGUGCCAUUUUCCAAGCAUCUGAAUUUGGAGGAGGCUGCAACGGUCGUAAGUGUGAAAAGGGGUCACGAGUGGCUUUUUUCCAGUGCUGUUGUCGCUUGGAACAGUCACUAAAUGUUCCAAUUUUAGUAUAUGUGCUGCCGAAGUGAGCACAAACAGACGGUUGUAAACUAACCUAUAGAGGUUAGAACCAUGUACAAAUUGUACGCUGGAUGUCAGAUGCUAGAAUAAUGUGCAAAUCUGGCUCGGGGUCUAUUGAUGGACCGGCAGGUGGGUUAGGCUUCCUCCUUUAAAAUGCCACUUUUCCAGCCGUCAUCUUCUUUUGCCUGUUGCACUCCUGAAAUAAUUACUUCCUUUUGAGGCUGGUAGCAAUCAGAGGCCAACAUUCUUCUGGCCCUUGUGAAUCUGGGUGUGAUCUUUUGUUUAUGGAAUAAAAGUGUGGCUUUUGGAUACAAA